AUGCCAAAUCCACCAGGCUUCACCCCCCAAUCGUUGAAUUGGGCAUCUGACACGCACCAGCUUCCCUCCGACCCAUCCCCCCAGCACACGGCAGAUCCCUUUGGAAAUCUCGGGGUACCCGGAGUCUUUUCUGACGAUGUCUUCAAUUCCUGCGAGGAGCAUGACCUCGAUUGGAUCUUUCAAAACAUCACCGAAGACGAUGAGAUCAAUUUCAACCGUGCGACAGCAGAUCGACCCGCUCAUGAGUGCUUCGAUCCUGCUCUGAAAUUUGGGGAAACGCCUCUGAACGCCCAGCAGCCGGCCUCAACUUACCAAGAGAACGACGCCAACAAGGAAAGCUGGCUAUUGGACGGUGCAACACCGCCCGAACGUCCGCUGGCGAUUCCUAGGCUGGGAGGAGAGCGUGUCGACCAGCUAUCCCUGGGCUCUCACUGUCAACUCGAAUGCCUGACCGAGGCCGAUCGUAAACAAGUCCAGCAGUUUAUCAAAUUGUCCCUCGAACGGCCACUAUGGAAAUCCAUCACAAUGGAAUGCUUUCCCUCCAAGGAGAAACUCGAUCAUUGUGUCGACCUAUUCUUCAUCAAUUGGCGUCCGGCCGUCAACUUUAUUCACCGUCCCACCUUCAAUCCCAAUAGAACCCCCGAGAUUCUCGUGCUUGCGAUAGCAAGUAUUGGCGCCCGUUUCACGAGAUUGAGUGGCGCUGCACAAUUCGCCACCACUCUCGCCGAGGUCGUUCGCCGCCUGUCACUAUCAGCGGUCGAGCGUGACCCUGAUAUCACUAAGACGGAACCAUAUCUGACAGCGCAGCUAUUGCUGGGGAUGUACGGCUAUUGCAGUGGUGAUAAAACCCUCUUCAACUAUAGUGAGUCGCUACGAAGUUCUCUAGUCCGACACGGCAGGAAUUUCGGGCUCUUCUCCCCACACAGGGCAACGCGGCCCAUCGAAAACAAUACACAGGCUCAAUGGGCUGCAUGGAUCAAUGCCGAGCGACGAAAACGACUUGGCUGGGCAAUAUAUGAAUUCGACGCUUCCGUUUCAUUCCUUCACAAUCGACGGCCAACGAUGAGUGUGGGUGAUAUCCUCCUGAGCCUGCCUGAAGAUGCAGCUCGCUGGGAGGCUACCUCCGCCCAUGCCUGGAUGGCCCUUGUCCCGCAGCGGUCGACCUUGGAUGAUGCAAUCAAUUUUCGCAUAGCUGCGCGUAGCUGCUUUGACACAAAGCUUGCCGUCACCAUCGAGCUCCAGGAUCCUCAACAUCUUCAUUUGAUUGUAAUCACGCUGGCUCGAUUCCUCUGGUCAAUCAAGGAGCUCCAAGCUUCCCCUCUCAUGGAUGUCGUGCCCGAACAAUGGCCUCUUGUGGCACAUAAAAUCAAUCUCCUGCACGCAUUAGACCACUACUCGGUGCCACUGAGCACCCUUCGAGGUAUGAGCGAUGACAAAGAGCUGGCUCGGCAAGUUGAACGUACGUCAAUCAUUCAUAUAUGUCACCUUUACGGCGCAAACGAUCUCAUGGACUGGCUUCCCGCCCUGCUACGGACCUCAGGGUUAAACAAAGCAGCCAAGGAGCGGAUGAAGGUUUGGGGCGAAGAAGACCCUGUCAGGCUGCGGAAAGUGGCAUAUCAUAGUGCUCAAGUCAUGACGAUCAGUCGAGACUUCCCAUUCAACGGCCCAUACGAACCAUUUCAUGUGUUUUACGCAGGCGCCGCACUCUGGUGCGUAGCGUCAUUGCUAGCCGAGCCACAGGAAGACGAAGUGCUUCACGACAGUCAGCGGCCGAUAUUUCUAGACCGCCAUGCCACAGCUGGAGAUGUCGAUCACCUGAGAAUACUGAAAUGGAUUCAAGAAGGAGGGAAUAACGCUGUGGUCGGCAUCUAUGGAGUCCCUGUGCUUGGCAGUCGGUCAAGCCGGAUUCAAGCGCUGGCAGAAACUAUACGAAUUCUUCAAAACAUGCGAAGCUGGGACCUGUCCACGGCUUUUGUCAAUGUUCUACGGCAACUACUCAAUGCAGAAUCAGCAUAUGAGUAA